GUAUAUUUAUCAGCUAGACUAACGGUCAUACUCCUCCGGAUUAUUUUGUUUAUUUGUUUAUAAAAUAUUGAAAUGUCGGAGUUCGACACGCGGCUUAUAGAAUUGGUGAGGGCUAAUCCCAAGCUUUAUGAGCGGGAACUAAGGAGCACGCCCUAUGAAGCCCAUAAAAAGCGGAACUCGGAGAUCUGGGGCAGCAUUUCAACAUCCUUGAAUACCGAUGUUAAUGCCUGUGUCAGUCGCUGGAACCAUCUGGUGGCCAAGCAGAGUCGGGAGUUGGCCAAGGAAAAAUCCGGAGGCACUGGCUCCGAUUGGAGCCUCUUGCCGCAUCUCAAUUUUCUGCAACAGCAUCACCAUCCCAUUAGUCAUCGAAAUUCGGGUGAUUUGAGUCGAAACUCCCUGAAAUCCAUCGAGGAAGUCCACGACGAAGAGGAUCCGCUACAGGAGGCCAUGGAUGAGCAGUUGGCCGUCGCGGGAGUAGCCCCGCCACCCACAAAUCCUCAUCCUGCUCCGCCCGCUGCGCCCGUUAGGGCAGAAAAGAGGAUAGAGGCCCUGCUGGAAGGACUUGGAGAAGCAAACCGCAUAAAGGCGGAGAAAAGGAUUCUGGCCUACCUCUGCAAAUGCAAUCUGCGCGCCCUCAACGACGAACAAAUCGAUGAUAUAGUUAUAUAGAAUGGGAAAGAAUUUAGUCACAAAACAUAUCUAAAAAAACAUAAUACUCAAGUCUUUUUUUAAUUUUUAGACUAAGAACAUUUUUUCAACAUUGAAUUAAGAUUUAUUUAAAUAAUGCACGAAUUUUAUAAAGCAAUAGUCAUAUUUUCUUGUAAAUUUAUUUAGUAAUUCUCUUAUGAAAUGUUUCAUACGCAAUACGCAAUAUUAUAAAACAAAUUUAAUCGUUAAAUCAAGUUAAAUAUAAAGUUUAGGUCGCAACCACUUAGAAAUGAAACAAAGAAAAAUAUGGUUAUUUAAAAGGAAAGCUUAGAGCGAUUCCUCAAAUUAUUAGAGCCAGUAAAUUACACUAGUUUCCUUAGAACAAGUUAAUAUUAAAGUUCCAAAACUUUCCUUAGCCAAAAAUUUUUGAAAAUUUUAUCAAUAGCUGAUUAGUUUAAUAGUAUGCUAUAUUAAAAUUUCAUUCCUGCGAUUAAUUUUUUGAGCAUAGACCUUAAGAAUUCGUUUGUAUGUACCGAACUAUUGCAUU